GAGGUAAGGUAAGGAGGGGCUUCCUGGAGGAAGGAAAGGGGCUUGCCCAAGUUCACACAAGGCAGUAACAGAACUGAGAUGCAGGCCAGUCCUCUGGCUUUCUUCUCUGUCCAAUGAUCCCUAUUUUCUGGGUUUCGGAGCAGGAAGUCUGACUCAGAACCAAGGGUCAGCCUUAAAGGUGAACAGGCUCUUCCUCUCCCUGCAUUCUCCAACUGAGAUCUAGGGCAGGUUGAAAGGAGAAAAUGUGACUCAGCCCAGCAAAACAGACUUUUCUUCAAAGCUCAGCAGAGGGAGCUAGGGUCAAGGAGCUACAGUACUUACUGAAGUCUCACCCCACAUCCUUCCUCUGCUAGGGCCAGGGGCUUCCCCAUGCCCAUCCCUUCUCCUGCUCCCUCCCCACAUCCCCGUUCUCCUCUCCAGGCUCACAGAGCCCUUCUCCCUCCGAUUCCCACCUCUCCUACCUUCCUCCCUGGCUCUUGGCCCUUAUUCACCCUCCUCCUUUCACACCACCUUGUUCUCCCCUCUCAGCCUCAUGGCCCUCACUCCUCUCUCCCUUUCCCCACCUCCCCUGUUCUCCCCUUUCUGCCUCAUGGCCCUCACUCCUCCUUCCUUGUUCUCAUUCUUUUUUCCUUCCCAACAACUCUCCCAGAGAUCCCUUCAUCUCCUGUCCCCUGGGUUUAUUCUCCAUUCAUCUUAACAAUUUUGUCUUCUCACAAGGGAGAACAAUCUGGUCCUUGUUUGGAAAGGGGAAAGGAGGAGAAUACAAAAGGAAAAGUGGGAGGAUUGGAAAAGAAACAUAAAGAGAAGGGAGAUAGUGAGACAGAGUAGAAAAAAGGAAGAUGAAAAGGAAGAGCUCGAGAGAGAAAAGAAGAGAGAAGAGAAACAGGGAAAUGACUAGAGGAAGGAUAGAUAAGUACAGGAGGAAAAAAGAAGGGAAACAGGAGAGCACUAAGCAGAGCAAAGAUUUAAUGGCAAGAGAAGCGCUGAGACAUAUGGAGGUGGAGGAGAGGCUGGAGGAAGGAGAGAAAGAAUCUCUAGUCCAACUCUCCAUUCUUUUUUCAGUUCUGCCCGGCCAACCGAGCCUCUGCCUCAUCCUCCUGCUCUCCUUCCCCCGGGACCCUCAGCCCUGAAGCCUGUGGGGGCUGGGCCAGAGCUUGGCCCCUCCCCAGGCCCCCACAAGCAGGACGGCCUCCGGCUGGGACUGGCAGCUGGGUGGGAAAGGGGUGGGAGGAGGAAGGCCUGAUCCCUCCCCUCUAGCCUGUCCAAGCCACAGGGGCUGGGCUGGCCGAGGGCUUUUAACCAGCUGGAGGAGCCUCCUGACCGGCUUUUGGCGGCGAAGGCCUCUGGGAAAGGAAAGAGAUGCAGCCUGGCUGUCCCACUCCACGGGGCCCUGGGAAUGGCCAGGACCGGGACUCAGCUCCCAGCCGGCAGGGCCAGGACCCAGGCCCCAGCCGGCCCGGGGAGCUGGCCAAGCCCCCCUACAGCUACAUCGCCCUCAUCACCAUGGCCAUCCAGAGCUCCCCGGGCCAGAGAGCCACCCUCAGUGCCAUCUACCACUACAUCAUGGGCCGCUUUGCCUUUUAUCGAGACAACCGUCCUGGUUGGCAGAACAGCAUCCGACACAACUUGUCCCUCAAUGAGUGCUUUGUCAAGGUGCCCCGGGACGACCGCAGACCUGGCAAGGGCAGCUACUGGACCCUGGACCCCGACAGCUACAACAUGUUUGAGAAUGGCAGCUUCCUGCGACGGAGGCGCCGCUUCACCCGCAAGAGGGGCUCCGAGCCUGAGACGCAGACCCAGAGGAAGACCAAGAGCAGGGCCCGGUCUGGGUCAGCUCGCGGGGGCUACCGGGCCUCUGGGGUGCCAGAGCCUCAGGGGGAUGCCCGGGAGCAGGAGGCUGGCCAGACCAAGGCUGCCCCCGCACCCUGCCUAGGCCCUGCGCUGGAGCUGCCUGAGUCCCAGGGCCUCUGCCACGCUCACCCGGCCCCAUCACCCAGCGAGAGCCUCUUUGGGGGACUUGCAGAUGCCCUCCCCGCCGCCCCAGCCGGUCUGUACCUUUCCACUUCCGAGCCAUUGGCCCUGCCAGCCUCCCAGAUGCUGAUAGACCUGAAGGAGCCUCCUGAGCUGGCCAGGUCUCCCGGACAGAGGGUGGACCCUCGAGAGCUGCCACUCGCCUCCUCCUCCUCCUCCUCCUCCUCCUCCUCCUCUUCCUCCUCCUCUGCCUCUCCCUGCCCAGCAUUCAGCCUGCCCCAAGUCUUCCCUGGCCCUCAGGGCCCUCAGCCCUCCCCAGCCCGAUUCCCUGAGGCUGAGGCCUAUAGCAAGGCAGGGCUGCCCAUCUUUGGCAGCUUUGGUGGGGCUGAAGCUCUGGGUGGCAGCUACCAGUGCCGUGUGCAAGCCCUGAGCUUCCGCAUGGAUGAGCGGGGCUGUGGCCCGGCCCUGGAUCAUCUGCUUGCACCCACCCCAGCUUCCCCAGCCACCCCAACUCAGUCACCCCCCUUCCAGUCCCCACUGCCGCUCCGGGGGAACCAGAAGGAGCCCUGGACUGGGGGGCCUUUCCCCCUCCAGGGAGGAGGAAGCUACCAGCUAGGGCUGCCCCACUGCCUCUAUCGGACCCCGGGAAUGCUCUUCUUUGAAUGAAGAUUCCCUUCUGGUCCUUCUCUUCUUCCCUUGUCCCCAGAGGGGCUCCCCACCAAUUCAUUCAAAGACAUGCUACAGAAUGGACUCAGCCUGAGGGCUGGAGCCAUUUGAUACUCUCUGGGAGAAGAUGCUCUACUCAGCUCACUGGGCCUCUGAGGGAAAGGGUGCCGGGGGUGGCAGCGGGGAAGGUACUCCCUUGGAUGAAGACGGGUUACAGAAAAGUCUGGGCCCAGGAGAAGGAUGGGUCCCAAAGCCGGAUGAAAAACUAAGCAUAAAUCAGAGGCCAUUAGAACUGGAAGGGACUUCUAAGUUCAUCUAAUCCGACACUCUCGUUUUACAAAGAAAGAAACUGAGAGAUUCCCAAGAAGGAAAAUGACUUUUCUAAGUUAAUUCAGCUAGUAGUUAGGAGAGCCAGGCCCCCAAGCCACUGAACAGAGCUGAAGAAAAAACAGAAAGAGGAGAUCUCUGUCUUCCUUGAAUGAUACAGGGCUCUCUCUGCCUGACCACGAUUCCAGAGUUUGGCGUAAUGACCUCAUGCCCUGGCCCCUCCAUGGACAAAUUUGGGGAAUGUGGGGAAGGAGGUGUGAGGCUGGACCUAUGUCAGAUUUUACUCGACACUCUACUUAAUAAAGCAAGUGAGUCUUGAAAGACA